AUGCAAUCUAUUCAACAACCACAACAGAAUAUUGGAUUCAAGGUAUUUGUAGGUCAUAUCCCCCUCUCUUUCAAAGAGGAGGAACUCUCUGGAAUCUUUGAAAAGUUUGGAAAUAUUUUGAAUAUUUCUAUCAUUAAAGACAAGCGUACCAAUGUUCCAAAAGGAUGCGCAUUCAUUAGUUUCUCAACAAAGGAAGAAGCAGAUCUCGCCAUCAACACUGUCAACUCAAGCAAUCAAUUCCUUGGAGAUGUAACCAAGCCACUCCAAGUCAAAUACUCUGACAAUGAAAUUGAAAAGAUGGAGAGAAAGCUUUUCAUCGGAAUGUUGGGUUCCGCCGAUGAAGAUACUGUUACCAGUGUCUUUGGCAAGUACGGUGCAAUCGAAGAGUUAACUAUCGUCCGUGAGAAGGAAGGACGUCCAAAGGGAUACGGUUUCAUCAAAUUCUCUGCAAGAGAAGAAGCCGAGGAUGCCAUCAGAGAAUUAGAUGGAAAACACACUUUUGCUGGUUCAUCCAUCCCACUCAUUGUCAAGUUUGCUGACACCGAAAGACAAAAGCGUAAGAAGCAAUUGAUGAACACACAAACUCAACCACAAAAUACAUGGGGUGGUGGAGGAAACAACUUUUAUCAACAACCAAAUCAACAACAAUUCCCAAUGUAUUAUGAUAACAUGAAUAUGCACCAACACCAAGUUAACAACAAUCCAUUCCAACGUUAUCAACCAAGAUCCACCAAUGUUUAUCAAAUGAAUCAACAAUACAACGAAUUUCAACAAGAAUCAAGUGAUUUGUUUAUUUACUAUUUGCCACAAAACUAUGGAGAUUUGGAACUCAAGAUGUUGUUCCAAACCUACGGAAAUGUUAUCAGUGCUAAAGUCUUUAUUGAUAAAGCUACUAAUCAAUCUAAAUGCUUUGGUUUUGUUACUUAUGACAACCCACAAUCAGCUCUCAAUGCUAUCAAUGAUUUGAAUGGUUUUGCAAUUGAAGGAAAGAAGCUUAAGGUCAACUUCAAGAAAGAGAGAAACUAA